AUGCUAUGGGCUUUUAAACACCAUGGAAAGCGCCCGAGCGAUGAGGUUUAUGUCAAUGUUCAAGCGUACGAGUUUGAGAUGGGGAGGCUUCUCUACGCCGACCCUCCGUAUGAACACGCCUGGGAUGACGAGGAACUGCUCGGCAACGCGAUGGAUGCUGUGUGCAGCAAGAAAUGGGACAGCCCUUGCAUGGCAUGCGGCUACACGCCAGGGACUGGAAAUGGAAAGUAG